GGAUCGAGAGGUCUGACAUGCGUCGUCGUAGCCAUCGUCUCGACUUCUAUCGCUUUUGUUGUUCUCGGCCUGAGACUCUUUACAAGGAGUAUGAUCGUUCGCAAUGUCGGAGCCGAGGACUAUGUUGUGCUAGUCGCUUUCGCGCUGUCCGUCGCACUUACAGCUCUGAUCUGUGUCGAGGUGCAGCAUGGGCAAGGUAUGGCUUCACCACAAACCCUAUUCAAGCCAUCAGCGUUAUGGGCCAGCGUUCCUGUUUACCAAGCCAGCUUGAGCUUGACCAAAAUCUCGAUCCUGCUUCAAUACCGACGAGUCUUUGUUGGAUCUGAGAUUCAACGUAUGAUCACAGGUUCGAUUGGAGUCAUCUUUGUUUAUGGACUAUGGUCUGUUUUUAGUACUGCCUUCAUGUGCACGCCAGUCGCAUACUUCUGGGAUCACAGCAUCGGCGGCCACUGUCUGAGCCGUCUAGGCGUCUGGUUCGCCAAUGCAUCUCUAAACAUCAUCACUGAUGUUGUUAUAUGCUUGAUGCCAGUGCCCGUCCUGAACAAACUCCGACUACCCCGCAAGCAAAAAUACGCCCUCAUCGCCGUGUUCUGCCUGGGUCUUUUCGUCUGUCUGACAUCCAUCCUGCGCCUCAAAGCACUUUACGACAUCUCCGUCUCCACAGAUGUAACCUGGGACAACACUCCCGCAGCCUACUGGUCCUCCCUCGAAUGCAACUUUUCCGUCGUCGCCGCUUGUCUACCGACUCUCCGC